ACCUGAAUAAACCGCCCACAAGUGUUGAGGAUCAGUUCAGAGUGGGGCCACCGCAUAUGAAAUACACAAUUGAAUUGGUUCCAAAUUCCAAUGGGAAGUUCAGGAGCAUAUACUGAGCAUGAGCAAAGCUUCAAAAAUUAUUCCACUCCUAUGAAAAGAAUAUCCAGUCAGAGGCAUCUCAUCUCAUCUCCAUUGCAAUUGCUUGCCCAAUUCAAAUACCAAGGACUCCUGAUUUGGGCCUUCGUUGCAGCAACCAAGAUGACCAUUACGGAGUUCAGGGAUGAAGAGGGAAGCCCUCCUCUUCUACUGGAAUCGGAUUUCGGUUCCCGUCCUCGCCGCAUCGCUCUCUUUGUUGAGCCCUCUCCUUUCGCAUAUGUGUCUGGGUAUAAAAAUCGGUUCCAGAAUUUUAUUAAAUAUUUGCGGGAAAUGGGAGAUGAGGUGAUGGUCAUUACAACUCAUGAAGGAGUGCCUCAGGAAUUUUAUGGAGCAAAAUUGAUUGGAUCUCAAAGCUUUCCGUUUCCCUGGUACCGGAAUGUGCCUCUCUCCUUAGCACUAAGCCCUAGAAUAAUCUCAGAAGUUGCCCGGUUUAAGCCUGAUAUAAUACAUGCAUCCUCACCCGGUAUUAUGGUAUUUGGUGCCCUUGUUAUUGCCAAAUUAUUAUGCAUUCCUUUAGUGAUGUCCUAUCACACUCAUGUUCCAGUAUACAUACCCAGAUAUACCUUUAGUUGGCUGGUGAAACCGAUGUGGUUGGUCAUAACUUUUUUUAUUGCCUUAACAGAAUUCCUACAUACGUUCGCGGAUCUUACACUGGUGCCAUCAGCUGCCCUUGCUAAGGAGCUUGAAGCAGCUAGGGUAACAGAAGCUAACAAGAUUCGUCUCUGGAAUAAGGGUGUUGAUUCUGAGUGCUUCCAUCCUCGAUAUUACUCUCAUGAAAUGAGAUUAAGAUUAAGCAAUGGGGAGCCGGACAAACCCUUGAUUGUCCAUGUUGGACGACUAGGACUCGAGAAGAGUUUGGACUUACUGAAAAGGGUCAUGGACAAGAUUCCUGAGGCAAGAAUUGCUUUUGUUGGAGAUGGGCCAUACAGGGAGGAGCUGGAGAAGAUGUUCCAGGGCAUGCCUGCCUCGUUCGCAGGGAUGUUAGGAGGGGAGGAGCUCUCCCAGGCAUAUGCGAGUGGGGAUGUUUUUGUAAUGCCUUCAGAAUCAGAGACGCUCGGUCAAGUUGUCCUGGAGGCCAUGUCGUCUGGCCUCCCCGUGGUGGCUGCCCGUGCUGGAGGAGUCAUGGAUAUAAUCCCCGAAGACCAGGAGGGCAAAACGGGGUACUGCUUCAACCCUGGAGAUGUCGAUGACUGCGUGCGCAAAUUGAAGCCGCUGUUGUACGACUAUGAACUAAGAGAAACCAUCGGCAGAGCUGCGCGCGAAGAAAUGGAGAAGUGCGAUUGGAAGGCAGCCACCCGAACCAUACGCAAUGAAGAUUAUAACGCGGCCAUCCAGUUCUGGCAUAAGAAUCGGGCACAGGUACUGAGACCCUUCCAGUGGCUAUUCAGGCGGAUUUUCCAGGGUUCACCGGAACUUAUUAGCUACCAGUGAUGUACAUAUAGGUAUCUUUACCAACUCGGGGUUUCCGGCAUAUUGUUUGUCCUUGGAAGCAUAUAUAUUUGCCUUGAAAGAAAGGGCUUCUGGGAUGUCUGUACAAUGGAAUGCAUAUAGAUAUUUUUAUCAACUCGAUCGGGUUUCUGGCAAAUACACAUACCUUGGAAGCAAAGCAAAGCAUCUAUAUUUGCCUUGAAAGAAAGGCCUACUGUGGGAUGUCUGCACAAUGAAAUGCUUCUUGUUUGUAUAAUAUUUGAAGACUGUAAUCAUUUGCUGUGUUUCGCACUUCUUAGGGUCAUAGAAAAUCCAAGUCAACAAUUCUCAAUUCAUUUGGAUGUAUAUAUAGUUAAUAAACUGGGGAAAUUUAUCAAUUUAAUAUUUAUUGUGUUGUGUUGUAUUGUAUUAAAUUGUGGAUUUCGAGCAAAGAAUUACAGGAUUCGCUUACUACUAGUAGUGGUG